AUGGCCGAUUCGCAGCCGGUUCGUUUCUCGAUCGAAGAGCUGCUACGCUCUCGGCACAAUAUUCUCUCGACCGUACUUCCCAAAGAGGAACCGAAGAAAGCCAGCGAGCAGCUCGCUGUGCCAGGACUGGCAGGACUCUCGGUCAGUGCUGCAGGGAUCCCAAAUGCCGAGCAGUUGCCGUUCUGGCUCAGCUGUGCUGCUGCUUCCUUCCCACUCGAGCAAGGAUUGCUCAUGGCUCAGAGAACAGUUUUUCCUCAGUUGUGGGCCGCUGCCGCUUCUUCAGAUGCCUUACGAAUGGCAACCACCAGCAAAUCCUACAGAAGACGCAAGGCUCGUACCGUCUUCUCCGAUCAACAGCUACAAGGACUGGAAAAGCGAUUUGAAACGCAGCGAUACCUCAGUACACCGGAGCGGAUAGAGCUUGCCAAUGCGCUAAACCUCAGUGAAACACAGGUGAAAACAUGGUUUCAAAAUCGACGAAUGAAACACAAAAAGGUGGUCCGGAAGGAUCAGAACGGAGCUGACAUACCGGACGAAGAUGAAACUGACUGGGCCGAUGUCACGGCCUAA